AUGCACUUGCCCAGGUCUCCCCGCCACCAGCGCCGUCGAGCCAACACUAUCGGCUGCUUCCCCGUGUCGCUGGCGAUCAAUGUGCCGUUCACUCCGAUCAGGCUCAGCCCAGGGCACGAUGCCCUUGUCCUUUCCACCAAAGACAAGUACAUGAAUAAAGGCGAAGAUCCACCCUGCCCAUGCUGCACCCUCUCCUCCUGUCCCCAGCUCGCCCUCAUCCGCUCUCUGCGAGCCACCGGCGCAAACCUCGAGGCAGACCUCGCCCUCCUCGGGGCUGAGCUCGCAGACGCCCACGCCUUACUGCACAAGCUCAUGGAAGAACGCGCACGCGCACAACACGCCGGCGCUGCAUCCUCCCGCGAUGCCCGCGCACUCGAGCACCGGCUCACCCAGCUCCCUGCGCUGCUCAUCGAGGCCGGCGCACCGCACGCGUCCAUCGCGCGCUUAACCACUCUCAUCGCUAAUGCCAACGCCAACGCGAAUGCAGAUGCAGAUGCAGAUGCGGAUGCAAAGGACGAAAACGCGGCCGCCAGCGCGCUCUUCGACGCGCUCCGCGAGGGAAUGCUCGGCGGCGCGCCUGGGACGCUGCUCGCGCAGCUCGCGGACGCUGUGCACGACGAUAUCCUGUCGACGCUAACGGGGAAAUAUGCUUCGCUGCUGCAGAUCGCGGUGGCUUCGGGUGUGCAGGGGCGCAUGGACAGGCGCGCGGCGAGGUUUUGGAGGCGGGUUGCGAGGGACCAUGGGAAGACCGGUGGCUCGGAGGGUGGCUCGGAGAUGGGUGGCUCUGAGACGUCCGAUGAGGAGGCGGAGGAGAUGGGUGAGGAGAGAUGGAGGGCGGUGCAGGAGUUGAUGGAGAGGAGGAGGUGGGAGAGGCGAGAUCUCGAAGACGAGGGUGGGGACGAGAGUGUGAUUCGGGCGAGCGUGCAGCCCACGACGUCUCCUGGUGCUAUGGAGUCCUCAGGAAGCGCUGAAACGACGGCACCAUCGACAUAUUUCGACCAGGCCGUGUUCGCCUCUCCCGAGCCUAUCUCAAACAUCCCGGAGUCAUCAAACUCUCCACUCGCGGUUUCCACCGCCCCUACAUCCCCUUCAUCGAACGACGCCCUCGCCCAGAACCAACUCAUCACCAAUACACCAGCACCGCCUAUCCCGCGACAAGUCUCCCGGCCCCUCGCGCUUCGCAACUUCAACGUGGCCCAGAUGCCCCGCGUCCGCGCAUACAGCGAUGCCAGUGACCGUGGCGCCGAACAGGACCAUGAAACCCGCCGCCAAGACGCGCAGAACGAGAACGACGACGGCGCCCAACGAAACGUUGUCGAUGCCAACGCUGCCGCCCCCUCACGGCCCGUUGCGCGUACCCCGCAGGUUCCGUCCAGCCUCUCACUCGCGCAGAACAUACCCAUCGACUCAUGCCCCCGCUCGCGCUCACGCAGCGCGCGCGUCCCGCUCACCAGUAACGCGGGCUUCGUUACGCCCGCUUCGUCGUCGUCGUCGGCCCACCCGCGGUAUCUCUCCAGCGCGAUGUACACGCGCGGGUCUACCACCGGCAGCUGCAAUGUCAGAUCCAGCGCACGCGUGCCCUCGCAGCUGCAAGCGCGCCCGAGCGUUCUGCGGCCCACCCUCGUGCCCAUGCGGCGGCUCGUGUACUCCUCCGGCGUCAACGACACGUUGAUGAUGCUGUCGGCGUCCACGUCGGCUGCGACGAGUGCUACCUCUGCGUCGUCGUCGUCGUCGUCGUCCUCGUCGAAGUUCUCAGCGUCCUCGUCUUUGUCGAGGUUCUCGGCAUCGCCUGGGCCGUCGCCGUUCUUGGCGAUGGCGGGGGCGAUGCGCGGGGACGGGGAGAGCAGGGAGUCGCUUGCUACGGAGGUUGAGGGUUCGCCGGUGUGUAAGGGUGGAUCGGGGCGUGAGCGCGGGCUUGGGCUUGGGCUUGAGGACGGUGAUGGUGGUGCUGUUCUUGAGAUCUCUGCGCUUGUCUUGACCCCCAGCCAAUGCCAAGGUCAAGGUCAAGGCCCGCUGGCGUCUUCUGAAUCUGCUGUUGGUACUCCGUCAACCCCUGGUGCUCAGCAUCGGCCUGCCAAUGAAGGUAGCGGCGACAGCGCGAGCCCUGACAGUCCUGGUUCUGAUACUACGGGAUCUUCUACGUGCGACUCUGGUUCUGGCUCGGACUGCAGCCCUGACACCGAUUCUACCCCCCUUACCGGUCGUGAAAGCUCCGAGGACAGCCCUGCGUACCACGCUCUCGCUGCUGCUGCUGCGACUGCCGCCGCCGCCCCCGGUUGCUGUGAUACGACCAGAACCUGCGCCUCCGGUCUGCUCGCUCCUUCCAUGCGCGUCCCAAAAGAUGUGCCAGCGACCCGCGCUGCACCCAGUGAUGCGCGCGCCGACUCUGACAUCGUCGUCGCCCAUCUGCUCUCUGUUUCCUCCUCCCCUUCUUCUGCCGUUCCCUCUACUCCCGCUCCCACGAAGCUGCCUACUCUCGCUGCGUCUCCCCCUGCUAGCGCCCGCACACCAUGCUUCAAGCUGUCCGAGAACCAAAAAGGCGUCAUGUCAGGCUCGCUGGCUGGCACCCCCGCAUCCGUCCCUGUGUGUGCAAAGCCGCUCCCCACGCCCAGCCGUCUCCCGGUGCUGCUCAAGCCCGCCGUGCGCGACGCCACGGGCUCCUCCCGCGCGCACGGACUCGGGAUCAUCAGCACGCCUCCACUAGGUCUCCCCGCCGCGACCGCGAUGGCAUCCACAUCCGCGGCGACGCUGGGUUCUCCUGCUCUCGUUGGACAAGGCUUCGCUCCGGUUGCGCUUGUGUCUCCCGCCACCGCCGCCCUCGCCUCGGUCUCUUCCGACGCGGGCGGUCGCAUUCUCGAUGGCUCGGUCGACAGCGGAAGCGAGAUAGGCAGUGAAGAGUCUGACUCUCCCGAGAUCGAGGAUGGCCUCUGAUAUACCAGUGCCUUGUGCUUUUUCCGUUCUCACAGCGCUUUCCGUCCGCCUCUCUUGUUCCGCUUCUAUAUUGGAUUACUCUUCUGGUUCUGUGCUCCCUCCUCC